GCUGGGAUGACGGCGGAAUAGACAGGAAGGUCGGAAGAAACGAGAAUUUCGCUGUCGUUUACCGUCCCGUGUAUGUGCUGUGGAAUAUUAUUUGGAGACACUGUCUCUUACAGACUGAAGGAAGUACAAUGAGGCAAGAUGUGAUCAAUAUGUGGACUUGACUGGGAACUAAGAAAACCUUAAAAAAAUAUCAGUUUAUAAAAAUCGCAAAGUUUGUACAUCAUUUUUGUACUAAAAGCCCACAAUGCACUCCUCACGUCCUUCCGUUCCCCCACGAACACGUCGAUUUGACACUGGCAGACGUACAGAAGCUAAACCACCCAUCCAUGCAAGGAGGGAGGACAAAAAUGUAAGCAGCAUUUCAUCCCCUCGUCGUACCACACGAGCACCUCCUGAGCCUUCCAGGUUUAAGGGAAUAGGUCUGAGUGCUCGAACUUCAGUGACUCCAAACAAAACUGUCCGACAGCAGAAGAACUCUAUCCCCACAGUCCUGAGCAAAACUAAAGGUGGAUCUAAGGCUGGACAUCAAAGGGUGGCAUCAAACGUGGACCAUGCAAUUGUGGAUUCAAACUGUAAUGAACCGAGCCUGCCUUGCCUGUGUUGUGAUGGCCACUCAACUCAGGAAAGCAACAGCUUAUUUAAUCACAACCAUAACAACAAUAACACUGUGACCAUAAGGCAGCAGCACAAGCUUGUUCCACCACCUCAGGAGAACAAGGAAUCUGAGAAACCAAACACUGGAAAAGCCAAAAAUGAGCCGGAAAAGGUGGAGGAGGAGGCUUUGGCUAGUCCUGUAGCUGAACACAUGGAGGACAAUAAGGAAGAGGAAAAUGGAAAUGUAGAUGAAAUAGAUGGAGAUGUUCACAAAGAGGAUGACAUUGUGGUUAAUGUGGGUGGAAAAGUAGAUGAAAAUGGAAAUGGUAAUAAUCAAGAUGUUAAUGUUAACAAAGAUGCUGAUAAUGAUGAUGAUGACAAUGAUGAAGAAGACGAUGAUGACAACACACUUGUACCUUCUCAUUGCGAUUGCCCAGCAUCAAUGUUGGACUUCUCUCUCACAUCUUCUACCUCAUCUUCAUCUACUUCCAUCAGCAGCUGUUCUGAUCUGGAUUCUGAUUGCCUUGAUACAUUUUCAGUGUCUCUGCAAGAAGAAGAAGAAGAAGACGCCACUGAACAUUAUUCUUCUCCUCAUCCUCCAGCAUCCCACUCCACUGUUUUUCCAUACUGCUCUCUUCCGCUGGACCUCAGCACUUCAGUGAGAUCACCAUCUCCAUGCUCACCUGAUGAGGGAUAUCCAUCAGCUCCCCCAUCCCCUUCUUCAGAGUUUAUGGAGGGCAAGGUACCUAAGAAAGAAAAGGGCAUUAAAGUAGAUCUUUUAAACUUUUUGGACUCUGUUGAUGAAUUAGGCAAAGUGGAUCACUUUUAUCAAAUUGUUCAACUAGCACAUUGGGAGCUCAAGGAUGAUGUGGAGCUAAGAUAUAGGCUAGUGCACCAAGAAAGACUUGAAAAAGUCAACAAACAGAUAAGACUUAUGCAUCUGGAAAGACUACAAGAAGCUGGAUUGGAAUUUUCUGAUGAAGAUAUUUCUGGUGUACUUGAUGACAUGGGCAAUAUUGACAUUUCUUGGAAGCUUUAUAAAAGUGGCAGAUCGUGUGAAUCCCAAGAAUACAGUGAUGCUGGGGUAGAUAUGACAGCCCCAUCUGACCUUGAUGAACCUCCUAUUCCAGAUUCCCUUGCAUCAUCACCUGCGAAUCCUCCUCCCCGUCCACCCAAACCUCCAGCAAGACAUGUCAGUGCCCACUCAGAAAUGCACACAUAUAUGAACAUCAGUGGAAAUACACCUUCAGUUUCCUCUACUUCCUCUCCAGCUAAAACUGUCAGUCUCUCAGUUUCCCAAACUUCAUCUUCGGUGUCAAAACCCCCUGCAUUGCCUCCACCACCAUCACAGCCUGUUCCUUAUUUCACCCUGUACACCGAUUCACCUACACUCUCUUUAACCACUCCACCUAUUCCACCUCCCAGAAGGCGGCAUAAAGCCCGUCUGGAAGCUCAGAGGCUUGCUGAGCUUGAAAGACAGAAGACACCUCAGUCUCUUCCUGCUCCAACUUCUAGACCUCCACCUCUACCACCUCCACCAGCUUUGCCCUCUCCUCCUGCAAUUCCACCACCACCAUUGCUCCCACCUCCUCCAUCAUUCCAUGCCCUGGAUGUAGAGAUACGGAAGCUGCUAGCACUGGCAGGGAUUACCCAGGCUGAGUUGCUAAGGCUUAGCCCUGAGUUGGGGGUCUGUGUUGAUGGGGUUUUGGAAGAAGAUACAAUAUCUGAUACUUUAAACAUCAAAGAUAUUUGUGUCCGUGAGACAAACAAAGAGAAGGGAGAGGAUGUGAACAGGGGGAAAAUUUUUACCUGGAAGGAGCUGAGAGAAAGCAAUAAGCUUGAGAAAGAGGACAUACUCAUAGAUGGAAAAAAAGAAGAAUGCGAGGACACAUUCAGGACAACGUCUUUCACAGAGAUGGUGAACCGGUACCAGCAGAAUGAAGGCAGUAGUAACUCUAGCUGCAACUGUGGCUUGAGGGAUAAUUCCAGCUUGACUACUGACUCAUAUUACAGCACAUCCAUUAGCAACAAACAGUUCACUAAUUCAAGCUUUGGCACGUACGAUUAUGCCUCAGUAAUUCCUGAUUCCCCUCCUCCCCCUCCCCCUCCACGACCUUUACCCCCACGGCCAAAAAUAUUGCCCAAACCACCAGAACUUCCUCCUGUAAAGCCAUGUGCUAUUCCUGCUAAUUCAUCUCGUCCAGAUAGAUUUGAUUGGUUGAUAGCUUUUACUCCAGACACAGAGACGCCGCAUCUAGAAGCGAGAAAACCAUCCACUAAUGCCACAUCCCAAAAAUCCAGCUCUGUUCCAAAAAUCACUACAUUUAAGGAACUGCGCAACAGAGGUAAACAGGCUUCCCUACUAACUCAAAUCCAAAAAGAACCUGAUCCAACUGUCAUUACCCCUGAUCCAGAUUUCUUGUAUAACCUUAAAUGGAGGAGAGAGAAGGUUGAUGGGGAUGGCACCCAGUGGGAGUACACUUCUCAAGCAAAGGCCGCAUUUCUCCAGCCACCACCCACACCUGCCUCAUUAGCUCUAUUUAGGGAAAUACGCCACUUGAAUAUUCAGGAAAAUGGCACUCUGGAACCUGUCUCUACGCAACAAAUUAGUGGGUCAACUCAUGAAAACCUCCAGUACAACUUUAUUGGUGACAGAAACAGAGAGGACAACAAGACAAAGGACAAAGACAUGAGAGAGACAGAGGUGAGGGAAUGGCAGAUGGUGGCCAACCAUGGGAUUCACGAACAAGAUCUGUGUGUAGCCUGUCUUUUGCUGGUUCUGCUGCAAAAGCAGGGGCCUGGAUGGGCGACGAUGAGAAGCCCCCACAUGUUGGUGGUGUACUGUCCCCUCUUUGCCUGCAGGAUAAACGAGCUCUUCUCAGUGCUGUCAAUGUGGCAGUGGAGGCUAUUCUGGCUCAGUUCAGCUCUUCUAGGACUCUUGUGCAGAAGGCUCUCUCUGGAGACAGUAAUGUAAACCCCACUUUGGGCCGACUGGUGUUGCAGUGCCUUUGCCCGGCUCUGUACGGGCUUCUCUGUGACGGACUCAAGCCCUAUCAGAGUGAUCUCAUCACAGGCAGAAGACCAAAUUCACCCUGGGGAUUGGUUCAGGCCUCCACCA